AAAAGCACUUCCAUCAGACUGACUUCACCAGAGCAGCAUCUUCCUUUGAAACACUGAAAACCAACAGGCAGAGUGGACAGCGUCUUACAUCCUUCCUCACAGAAGGGUGCUAGAACCAGCAGAUCCAGCUGGAACCAGGCGUGAAGAUGGCUGGCCUGGGCUGGAUGGCUGUGGUUCUGGCCUUCCUCCUGUCUCCUCCAAACAGUUAUGCUGCUGUGGAACAGGCCUGGCUCACAAGUAUCGCAGAAGCCAUCAAAAAUGAGUAUGCACUUGGUGACACCUUCAGUCUGGCUGUGAACAUCCCACUGAAUCAAGACCCAACCGGUCUCAAGCAAGUCCUUCAGGAAGACCCAGCAGACAAAGUGAACGCAGCUGUUUCAAACAGUCAAGUGUACCAAGGCACCAGGGUGGUCGCAGCCACACAGUCCAAUGCAGUGUCACGUGUUCUUGAAAACCUCCAGCCGCUCACAAAAAGCAGUCAGGGUAAUGUCCUCAUAAUCUACUCUGAAGGCACCCCAGAUGCAACUGGUGUCGCUGACAAGCUUAAUGAUGUCACUCAGAACUGGGGUAGUUAUGCAUUUGCAUUUUCUAAAGUAGCUGAUGUUCCCGGUGCUGACCCAUCUCAGCUUGCUCAGUCCUUCAAACAACUUGAGAUUUCCAAACUUGGCCUAGACAAUGUAUUCCGUUGUUAUCAACCUGGAGGUGGUGCUUUUGAGUGCACCAGCUGCUCUUCAGGUGGAGAUGUUGCACCCUCAUGUGUUUCAGAUACAGCUCAGCAACAAGAUGCAGGUACAGACACGAGCACCCCUGCACCAGGCGCUGGGCUAGGCAUCGGAGCAGGCGCUGGAAUAGGGACUGCUGUAGGCACUGGCAUUGGGGUGAGCAGAAAAAGACGAAGGGGGAAAGACAAACGACUGAGGAAGUGCAAAGGCCGUCGUCGACGAGGCUGCAAACGUAGAAGAGGGAGAAAACGAAGAAAAGGUGGCAAGGUUAGAAAAUCGCGCAAGCAAAGGAGAGGACGCAAAGGGAGAAAGCGAGGUAAGCGUCGCAGAGGUCGCAAAGGUAGAAGACGAGGUGGCAAACGUAGAAGAGGUGGCAAACGUAAAAGAGGUGGCAAGCGUAGAAAGAGCAGCAAGCGCAGGAGAGGUGGCAGACGUCGGAGAGGUGGCAGGCGUCGGGGGUAUGAACAGCAACAGCUCUAAGAACCUGGAAAUUGGAGCAACAGCUCAAAUGAUAUCUUCUGCUUCAUAAAAGUGCAUUUAUUUCUUUUUCUUCUUGUCUUGUGUGUCUUUUUAUCUCUUCUGUCCAUUUAACUUCAUAACCUAUCAAAGCCAAAAAAGUGAUAUUUUUCUUAUUGUCAAACAUCCCAAUAAAACAUCAGAGCCAAUGAUGAAUGUAACCAACUAGUUAGUGCUGUGUUUCAUAUUUCAUUUCCUCUGAGCUACAGAGCUCCAUUGUUGUCUUAAAACUCCACAUCAGUGCAUUUCUCAUGAACACACACUGCAGUUUGUUUUAACUUAGUCCUACUAAAACACCAAAUGGAAACUAGAGCUGCCCACUGCUUGGGUUGUUUUGUUCUUUAAUGAAAUUCCAUAUAUUUGUGAAGUUUUUUUCUUUUUUUAGCUUUGUUCUUUUUCAUUAAAGCUCUGCUCAGCAUCCA